AUGCCCGUCGAGGAGGACCAUCGUCAUCGUCAUUCUUGGGACGUUGAGAGAUGCAUCGUGUACUUCUCCAGUUCAGCCAGAUGGGCAGCCGAGGCCGAGCCGCCUAGGGAUUCCGUCGCAGACGACAUUUCGACGAUACAUGCGGCUCCAGUGGAAGACUUUACUGAAGGAGGCAAAGACUUCGCUGGCCGGAGCUUUUGGCGCUACAAUUCAGAGUGGUAUGAGCAUCGCCCGGACUUGAAGAUCGUGGACUACGAGGAUGAUCUUCUCGUAGAGAGGGAGAACUUUGGCUCCGAGAGUGUGUUGCGGAGAGAAGCGAAGAGGAUCACAGCCAUCGUCAUGCAGGCGCCAUUUGCCAUGGUAUCGGUGGAUAAGAUGGUUACGUUCACAAGACUCACGGCACCAUCACCAAAUUCAACGUUCCAGUAA